AUGGUGACCGCCAUCACAGGAAGGGCAGCAGAGUGUGGCAUGACCUCUAAGAUGGCGGGGCUUGAGAGUGCUGAUGUCACCGGAAUGCCUGCAGCUUGCACCGACAUCAGAGAUUCAGAGGGUGUGAUGCUGAAUCUGGUUGUGUGCGGGAGUAACAGAGAAUUAAAAUCCUUCAUAUUAAACCUGAUCCUGAAGCAGAGCGAGAGAAGAUCCGAGCUGAGCUCCGAGUGUGUGAGGAGAGACGUGGAGCUUGAUGGACGUCUGAUCAGUCUGGUGGAGCUUCCAGCUCUGUUCAACACUCAGCUCUCAGAGGAGGACGUGCUGCGUCAGACUCACCGCUGUGUGUCUCUCUGUCAUCCUGGAGUUCAUGUGUUCAUCCUCAUCAUUCCUGAUGCUCCACUGACUGAUGAAGACAGAGCAGAAAUAGAGAAGAUCCAGAGGAUCUUCAGCUCAAGAAUCAACAAACACAUCAUGAUCCUCAUAAAGCAGAAUCCAGAGCAUCAGACAGCAGAACUCAAUGAAGAAACACAGUCUGUCAUUGAGAGAUUUGGAGGACGACAUCAUAUCAUUGACCUGAACACACAAGUGUCUGUGUUGAUGGAGAAACUGGAGCAGAUGGUUGAGGAAAAUAGUGGUGUUUGUUUCUCCACAGAGACACAGAUGGAGAAACUAGAGAAAUUUGAAGAAAUGAAGAGAAGAAUUAAUUCAUUAGAGACGUGGUUUCAAUCACAAGAGGGUGUGAAGCUGAAUCUGGUUGUGUGUGGGAGUAACAGAGAAUUAAAAUCCUUCACAUCAAACCUGAUCCUGAAGCAGAGCGAGAGAAGAUCCGAGCUGAGCUCCGAGUGUGUGAGGAGAGACGUGGAGCUUGAUGGACGUCUGAUCAGUCUGGUGGAGCUUCCAGCUCUGUUCAACACUCAGCUCUCAGAGGAGGACGUGCUGCGUCAGACUCACCGCUGUGUGUCUCUCUGUCAUCCUGGAGUUCAUGUGUUCAUCCUCAUCAUUCCUGAUGCUCCACUGACUGAUGAAGACAGAGCAGAAAUAGAGAAGAUCCAGAGGAUCUUCAGCUCAAGAAUCAACAAACACAUCAUGAUCCUCAUAAAGCAGAAUCCAGAGCAUCAGACAGCAGAACUCAAUGAAGAAACACAGUCUGUCAUUGAGAGAUUUGGAGGACGACAUCAUAUCAUUGACCUGAACACACAAGUGUCUGUGUUGAUGGAGAAACUGGAGCAGAUGGUUGAGGAAAAUAGUGGUGAUUGUUUCUCCACAGAGACAUUGAUGGAGACACAGAUGGACAAACUGCAGAAAUUUGAAGAAAUGAAGCGGAGAUUCCAUUCAUUAGAGACGUGGAUCCAAUCACAAGAUUCAAGAGAAAGAGAAGAUGAUCUGAGGAUUGUGCUGCUGGGAAAAACUGGAGCUGGAAAGAGUUCAACUGCAAACACUAUCUUAGGAAGAAAAUCGUUUAGAGCAGAACUAUCUCAAGAGUCUGUUACUAAAGUGUGUCAGAAAGAGAAAGCUGAAAUCAACAGCAGACACAUUACUGUGAUCGACACUCCAGGACUGUUUGAUACUGAACUCAGUAUUGAAGAAAUCAAGAAAGAAAUCAGCAACUGCAUCCCCAUGAUCCUGCCUGGACCACAUGUGUUCAUCAUUGUGCUCAAUUUAGCACACCGAUUCACUGAAGAAGAAGCAACAGCAGUGAAUAUCAUCCAAGAGACAUUUGGUGAAAACUCAUUAAAGUACACCAUAGUGCUCUUCACCAGAGGAGAUGAGCUGAAGAACAAAACCAUUGAUCAGUGUUUGGGAAAACCUGGAUCUGAUUUGAAUCAGCUGAUUGAAGCAUGUGGAAACAGAUACCAUGUGUUCAAUAAUGAGACUGAAGAUCGAACACAGGUGACUGAUCUACUGCAGAAGAUAGACAACAUGGUGAAAGAGAACGGAGGGAGUUACUACUCAUGUAAGAUGUUCAGAGAGAUGGAGAGAGAAAAACAAGACAAACAGAUGAAGAUACUGAUGGAGAAAGUGGAGCAAGUGAACAGAGAAAAAGAAGAACUGAUGAACAAACAUAAAGAAGAGAAAAAGAAGAUGAAGAUGAAGAUCGAGGAAGAAAGACAGAAUCAUGAGAAAGAGAGAAAAAGAAGAGAAGAUGAAUUUAUUGAGAGAGAAGAACAAUAUAAAAGAGAUAUUCUAGAGAGAGAGGAACAAGAGAGAAAGAUACGAGAGGAGCUGAAGAGAGAACGAGAGGAAUGGGAGAAACAGAAACAACAGGAAAGACAAAGAAGAGAAGAAGAGGAGGAGAAAUGGAGAAAGAAAGAACAGACAAUGGGGGCUGAACAUAAUCAGAGACUUAAAGAAGAGAAAGAGAGAAGUCAAAGAGAGAUAGAAGAUCUUCAGUUCAAACAUGAAAAAGAGAUGAAUAGAAUGAAGAUGAUGAUGGAGGAAGAACAACAGAAUCAUGACAAAGAGAGAAAAAGAAGAGAAGAAGAGGAGGAGAAGUGGAGAAAGAAAGAACAUUCAAUGUCAGAUGAAUAUAAUCAGAAACUUAAACAAGAGAAAGAGAGAAUGAAUAGAGAGAAGGAAAUUCUUCAAUCUGAACAUGAAAAAGAGAGAGAGCGAAUAAAGACGAUGAUGGAUGAGGAAAGACAGGAUCAUGAUAAAGAGAGAAAGAGAAGAGAAGAGGAAUAUAAGGAGGGAGAAGAACGAUAUAAAACCGAGAUGAAAAGAGAACGAGAGGAAUGGGAGAAACAGAAACAACAAGAAAGACAAAGAAGAGAUGAAGAGGAGGAGAGAAGGAGAAAGAUAGAAAAAGAAACAUGGGAUGAAUAUUAUCAGAAACUUAAACGAGAGAGAGAAAGAAGACAGCGAGAGAGAGAAGAUCUUCAGUUCAAACAUGAAGAAGAGAGAGAGAGAAUGAAGAAGAUGAUGGAGGAAGAAAGACAGAAUCAUGAAAAAGAGAGAAAGAGAAGAGAAGAAGAAUAUAUAGAGAGAGAAGAACAAUAUAAAACAGACAUUAAAUAUAUAGAAAAACAAGACAGAAAGAUACGAGAGGAUCUGAAGAGAGAACGAGAAGAAUGGGAAAAACAGAAACAACAAGAAAGACAAAGAGAAGAAGAGGAGAAAGAAACAAGCAGAUAUAUUGAACUUUAUACAGGACCUCCUGAGGUUCAGCACACAGAGAAUGAUGAAGAUUCAGCAUCAGAUCCAGGAGGUUUAAGAAUCUUGCUGUUUGGGAGGACAGGAAGUGGAAAGUCUGCAACAGGAAACACUAUCCUCAGAACAAAAGAGUUUCACAGUGAAGCCAGUUCACGUUUGGUGACCACUGUUUGUCAGAAGAGAGUUGGUGAAGUUGAUGGUCGAUCAGUAGCUGUUAUUGAUACUCCAGGACUCUUUGACCCCUCACUGACAAAUGAACAAGUGCAGGAAGAAAUAAUGAAGUGUAUUUCACUGUCAGCACCUGGACCACAUGCGUUCAUCAUUGUGCUGAGUCUGGGAGGAAUCACUCGAGAAGAGAAAGACACUUUAGACAUGAUCAAGAUGAUCUUUGGCUCAAAAGCAGCAGAUUUCUGCAUUGUUCUCCUCACUAGAGGAGAUGAUCUGAGAGGACAAACAAUGGAGCAAUAUGUAGAGAAAAAUGCUGAACUCAAGAAACUAACCAGUGAAUGUGGAAACAGAUUCCUGGCUUUUAACAACACAGAGACACAAGAUCAGACACAAGUUACUCAGCUGUUGAAUAUGAUAGAAGAGAUGAAUCAGGGCCGAUACUUCACUAAUGAGAUGUUUGAAGAGGCGGCGAUCUCCACUGAGCAGAGAAUGGAAAUGAUAGAAGAGAAUGAAAGAAAAAAACUAACUUUUGUUGAAGAAUUAGAAGCCAAUUAUGAUAUUGAAGACAAAAGCAUGAGAGAGAUACUGAAGAAGAAGAUCCAAAAGAUAGAGGAGGAAAGAGAGAGGCUGGAGAACCAGUUCAGAGAACAAGAGGAAACACUCAGGAAAGAGUUUGAGGAGAAAGAAAAAUCAGAUCAGGAGAAACGAGAGACGGAGGAUCAGAAACAAUCAGAAGAAGAGAAACAGCAAAGAGCUGAAUAUGAUCAAACAAUAGAGGAGAUGAAGAGAGAGAUUGAAGAUCAGAGAAUACAGUAUGAAGAAGAGCUAAAAGAAAGAGAAGAAGAAGAGAGAAAGAGAGAAGAAGAAUAUAAACAAGAUCAAGAAAAGAUGAGAAAUUAUCACGAACACAUCAUGACAGAGUUAAGAAAAAAACAGGAGGAGGAAAUAAAAAAGAGAGAUUCAGAGGAACAAAUGAUGAAGGAACAAGAAGAGAAAGAGAGAGAAGAAUGGAAGAGAAAAAUAAAAGAGGCUGAAAAUGACAAAGAGACUCAAGAGGAAAUUAAACGACAGCAGAGAGAAUGGGGGGAAGAGAAGAAACGACAGAUGAGAGAACGAGAGAAAGAGGAAAGAGAGAGAAAAGAGAAACACAGGAAACAACUGAGAGAAAAACAAGAAGAACUGGAGAACAAGAGAAAUAUUUCUGAAAGAGAGAGAGAAGAAGAACAGAUGAUAGAGGAGGAGAGAGAGAAACAGAAAAGAGCGAGAGAACAGAAGAAGAGAGAAUAUGAAGACAAUAUAUAUGAAAUGAAGAGACAUUAUGAGAAGCUGGAGCAAGAGAGAAAAGAGGAGAGGAAGAGAAGAAAACGAGAGGAUGAAGAGAGGCGAGUGGAGAAGAGAAAGAGAUGGGAGGAAGUGAUAGAAGAUCUGAAACGAGAGCAAGAGAAUGAGAUCAAGAGAAGAGAACGAGAGGAGACAGAAAGAAUAGACAGAGCAGAAAAAGAGUGCGAUGAAAUGAAACAGAAACAUGAAGAGGAAAUAGAGAAGAUGAAGAAGAAACAUCAAGAUGAAGCCAGAGAACAAAGAGAAGAACUGAAUGAUUUCAGAAAGAAAAAAGAUCAGCAUGUUCAGGAGCUCAAGGAGAGACUUGAAGAGAUUCAAAAACAACUGAAUGAAGCGAAAAGGUUAAGAGAGGAGCUAAAAGGUAAAGUGAAUGAAGGGAAACGUUUAAGAGAAGACCUAGAAGAAAAGAGGAUGAAGGGAAACGUUUAA